GCAGAGGCAGAAGCAGAAGCAGCAUGUCUCGAAGAAAGAUUUCUUCCGAGUCCUUCAGCUCCUUGGGAUCGGACUAUCUGGAGACCAGCCCAGAGGAGGAGAGCGAAUGUCCCUUGUCCAAGCUCUGUUGGAACGGCAGUCGGAGCCCUCCCGGCCCUCAGGAGCCCAAUGCAGUCGCUACAGCCACAGCUGCCACGGCCACUGCCACGGCUACAGCCACUGCCUCAGCCACCGCAGGGGCUAGGCGUGCACAGCGCCGGAGACGGGUCAACCUGGAUUCUCUGGGUGAAAGCAUCAGCCGCCUGACGGCGCCCACGCCUCAGAUUAUACAGCAGACUCUCAAGAGGACACUACAGCAUUAUGAGCAUCAAGUUAUUGGUUACAGGGAUGCAGAAAAGAAUUUCUACAAUCUCUCUAACAGAUGCUCCUAUGCAGACCAUUCCGGUAAAGAGGAAAUUGAGGAUGUCUCAGGAAUUCUUCAGUGUACCGCUAACAUGCUUGGUUUGAAGUUUGAAGAAAUGCAAGAAAGAUUUGGGGAGGAAUUCUUCAAUAUUUGUUUUGAUGAGAAUGAGAGGGUCCUUCGGGCCGUAGGCAGCACCUUGCAGGAUUUCUUUAAUGGUUUCGAUGCUUUACUGGAACAUAUUAGAACUUCAUUUGGUCGACAGGCCACUCUGGAAUCUCCAUCUUUCCUAUGCAAAGAGCUUCCAGAGGGUUCUCUAAUGCUCCAUUACUUUCAUCCUCACCACAUUGUGGGGUUUGCAAUGCCUGGAAUGAUAAAGGCUGCAGGAAAAAAGAUCUACCGACUGGAUUUGGAGGUGGAAAAAGUGACCCAUGAGAAGCUGUGUUUGGAGGGCUCAAAUCCAGGGAACUGCAGCUGUCUCACAUUUGUCAUUAAGGAAUGUGAAAAUUCAAACAUCACAAAAAACCUUCCACCUGGAACAUCCCAAACUCCUGCUGACCUCCGAAUCAGCAUCAACACAUUCUGUAGAGCUUUCCCCUUCCACCUGAUGUUUGAUGCCAGCAUGCUGGUUCUGCAGCUGGGGGAAGGACUGAGGAAACAGCUCCGAUGUGACACUCACAAGAUUCUGAAGUUUGAGGAUUGCUUUGACAUAGUUUCCCCAAAGAUCAGUGCCACCUUUGAAAGGGUCCUGCUGAGGCUGUCCACUCCAUUUUUGAUUCGGACUAAACCAGAGGCUUCUGGUUCUGAAAAUAAAGACAAGGUGAUGGAAGUCAAAGGACAGAUGAUCCACAUUCCAGAAUCAAAUUCUAUUUUAUUUUUGGGCUCUCCAUGUGUAGACAAGUUGGAUGAACUCAUGGGUCGUGGCCUGCAUCUCUCAGAUAUUCCCAUCCAUGAUGCAACUCGUGAUGUGAUAUUGGUUGGGGAGCAGGCCAAAGCCCAAGAUGGAUUAAAGAAGAGGAUGGAUAAGCUAAAGGCAACUUUAGAAAGAACUCACCAGGCUUUGGAAGAAGAGAAAAAGAAGACAGUGGACCUUCUGUUUUCCAUUUUUCCUGGAGAUGUAGCCCGACAGUUAUGGCAAGGACAACAAGUUCAGGCCAGAAAGUUUGAUGAUGUCACCAUGCUCUUCUCUGAUAUAGUGGGUUUCACAGCUAUCUGUGCUCAGUGUACUCCUAUGCAAGUCAUUAGCAUGUUGAAUGAGUUAUACACCAGAUUUGAUCACCAAUGUGGAUUUCUGGACAUUUACAAGGUGGAGACAAUAGGUGAUGCAUACUGUGUUGCAGCAGGACUGCACAGGAAAAGCCUUUGCCAUGCGAAGCCCAUUGCCUUGAUGGCCUUGAAGAUGAUGGAACUUUCAGAGGAAGUGCUGACACCUGAUGGGAGACCAAUUCAGAUGAGGAUAGGGAUUCACUCAGGGUCUGUCCUGGCUGGAGUUGUUGGUGUAAGAAUGCCAAGAUAUUGCCUGUUUGGAAACAAUGUCACCCUUGCCAGCAAGUUUGAAUCAGGCAGCCAUCCACGACGCAUCAAUGUUAGCCCGACAACUUACCAAUUAUUGAAGAGAGAAGAUAGUUUUACCUUCAUUCCUCGAUCACGUGAAGAACUUCCAGACAACUUUCCAAAGGAAAUCCCUGGAAUCUGUUAUUUUCUGGAGCUCACAACUGGUCCCAAGCAGCCAAAGCCCUCAAUCUCUUCAACUCGAAUGAAGAAGGUUUCCUACAAUAUUGGCACCAUGUUCCUUCGGGAGACAAGCUUAUGAGACCUGCUGCAGAUCAAAGACUCAUCACAAAAGCACAAGCCCAGAACCUGGGUCUGGACAGAAAAGUGAGGAGAGAUCCUUUCUCCUUCACUGCAUCAUUCUGGGCAAGCAGUACAAUCUCUGUGUAAUGUCAUGCAAUAAUACUAGAAUAAGGUGGGUGAUGGCUGUUAGUAAACAAACUGGAGGGGAAGACAAUUAAGGGAAUCAAAUGUGUUCACCCCUAAAAGAGGUAUAAACAAAUCAAAUUAUAAUCAUGAUCCCUUUAUCAAAUAAAACCUAAAACUAAACUCCUUGGGUUUUCUGUUUGAUAUCCAUGAGGUGACAUGACCUUAA